AUGUCGCGGGCGGCGGGAGGCGACGCCGAAGCGGCGAAGCUGGCCGUCUGGAAGGAGGCGCUCUACGAGAAAUGCAGAGAUGCUGCGCCGGAAAAUGACAUGUUUUCGCAAGAUGAUCUUUUGCGGCUCGACGUCAUCCCGAAUAAGGACCUGAUGCUGCUAGCACGUGUCGUACAGUCUCUGAGCGAUGACAAGCUCUUCAUCACCAUGCGCGAGGCCUCAGGCCAAGUGCUGUGGAAAUGGCGAGACGCCCAGGAAGCACACAAGUACAAGCAGUGUACGACCGACGAACAAGUAUUGGUAUACUCCCUUGUCGAUGAUGCCGGCGGCGAUGGAAUAUGGUCGCAGACGCUGCAGAAGCGCCUCAACAUGCACGACUCGGUCCUUAAGAAUGCGCUCAAGCAGCUGCAGACCAAGGGCCUGAUUGCACCCUUCAAAAACGUCGAGCAUCCCAAUAAAAAAAUGUACAUCAAGGCUUCGAUCCGGCCCAGCGACCGCGCGACCGGCGGGCCGUGGUACACGGACCAAAACUUUGACGACGCCUUCAUCGAGGAGCUGCAGCGCGUCGUCUUUGACUUUAUCAAGCGCCAAAGCAGCUACCACAGCACCCACGCCGGGUCGUCGUCGUCGGCCCGGGCGCAGGCGCCGAAGAAGGGCGUGGUGCAGGGCGGACUGGAGCGCGGCAAGAAGCGCGACGCCCGGGAGAUGAGCAAGCCGCCGUCCAAGGUGUCCAAGACGGCCGCCGGCGCCACGCCAAGAAAGGAGGCACUGCUCCCGCUGCCCGCCGGCUACACGGGCUAUCCGUCGGUGCGAGACAUUGCGCGGCUGCUGUCGAGCAGCGGCAUCACCAACAACACCAUCUUGUCCGAGGAGGACGUCCGAAAACUGAUUGAUGUGCUCGUCUGGGACAACCUCAUAGAGCCGGUGCGCGUCGCGGGCAAGGUCGGCUACCGGGUCGCUAGAGUCGCCAGGCAGUCAACCGAGCCCUGGGCAGGCCGCGAGGACCCUACGGGGCCAGAGCCGUACACGAGCCCGUACACAGAAGCGCCGUGUGGCCGCUGCCCAGUCUUUGACAUCUGCGAGGAUGGUGGCCCCGUCGGGCCCAGCAACUGCGAGUACUUCAAGACGUGGCUGGGUCUCAGCGAUCCAUGA